AUGGUCGUCACAACCAGAAGAGCAGAACAAACCAGGGCUGUUACACCUGACGGUCACGACCUUCCCCACGCUACUUGGGGACGAGCCUUAACAUGGUACACUACUCUACCGAUUGGUAGUAUCGCUUCGUGGGAUGAGUUGGCAAGCAAGUUUCAGUCUCACUUUGCAACCAGUCGCCCUGUGCCGAAAUCCGUCCACUCGCUAGAAAAAGUACGCCAACAACAAGGUGAAUCCCUCAGGUCCUUUUUAGAUCGCUUUGAUAAGGAGGCCCUACAAGUGCAAGGCCUGGACCCAAAAGUACAGGUACAUAUACUUCUUUCGGGUUUACGGCAAGGAGCGUUCGCGUACGAGCUCGCCCGCCACGAGAUCACUGACCUGGAAGAAGUCAAGAGGUUGGCCCAGGAGUACAUGCGAAUCGAAGAGUACAAAGGAAGUCGAGCCGAGGACACCCACGGUCAAGAAAAGGCACUCGGUAAACAAAAGAACCAAAUGGAAGAGAGUAAAAAAGGUAAUAAACCAGCCAAAUAUUCAAACCGCCCUUCCGGGCGUGAUAUAUCAGGUCGUAAGACACAUGCCGUCCUACAAACGGAGUAUAAAGAAGAAUCCAAGAACACCCAACAGUCUCAGAACCCGCCUAAAGAAAACAUCAUGUACUGCAAGUUCCAUCGCAGCAACGGUCAUAACACUGACCAGUGCAGGCACCUCAAAGACGAAAUCGAUGAACUCAUCAAAAGCGGAAUGCAAAGGCGAGGAGGAGACGGCUCACGCCCUUCGGGAACAGGGAGGCGAUAUAGAGAGCGCAGCAAGUCGCCUGAAAGAAGGAGAACGCGUCAACCUAGAUCCAGACCCUCCUACAAUCGUGACAGGAGAGAAGAUUCCCCCAGGAAUCGCAGAGCGCAAGCAAGUCCAGACCGUAGAGGAAGGCGCGAAGAAGUAGACGAAGAUUCAGCCGCGGUGAAGCACGGAGUGAUCAACAUGAUUUCAGGCGGGCUGAGUGGAGGAGGAGAGACUGCGAACGCCAGAAAGAAACACUUGCAGCAGUGUCUGGCGGUCGCUGGCAAAGUGAUAAGCAAAGAAAAGCACAGUCCUAGUCCAACAAAGCCUCAAAUUGUCUGGGACGCCAGCGAUUUAGGCGACGUCCUCCCAGGACAUGACGACCCGCUUGUCAUUCAAGCUAUAAUCGCCAACUUCGGCGUUAAUCGCGUUUUUAUUGACCACGGCGGCUCAGCCAAUAUUUUGUUUUUACCAUGCUUUAAAGCGUUAGGGUUCACUGUUGAUAGUCUAACUCCUGUUACAGGUGAACUCUCAGGUUUCAACGCUACCACCACAAAUCCACUGGGAGUGAUUACCUUGCGGCUCUCCCUUGGAACGCCGCCCACCUCACGAUCCGCAGACAUCCAGUUUUUGGUGCUCGACACCCCAUCAGCUUACAACACCAUUCUUGGUAUAAGGAUGUUUGCUGCCUUCGAGGCAAGCAUUUCACACCCCCACUUGGCAAUGAAGUUCGUUGCCCGAGACAACAAAGUCGCCACAGUGCGAGGAGACCAGACGAUAGCCCGAAGCUGCUACAACAUAUCCUUACGGCCAAUGGCCAAAGCUAGCUUCAGUGAUGAAAGGGCCCUCAAGCAGGGGACGACGUCGCCAUCAGAAAGAAAUCUCGGCGAGAAGUCAAAAGAGCGUGACCAAUGUUUUUUGGUAGAAUUUGACGCUAGAGACGAUCCGCGCGUGGAACAUGACAGACCCACGCCGGAUGGAGCAUUGUAA